ACGAACCUAUCAGCCGCCUCAUUGGGACUUCUGCAACGGAUGACUGGUUUAACCCGAACCAGCACAUCUGAGGUCUCGACUCUCUAGGCCCUCUUCAUCGAUGGCACUUUUCAAAGAUGUUAAUUGAUUAAUUUGAAGAAGUUUGCGUCUGUUUCCACUGUUUUCGCUCCCUCUUCAUUUUGCAACAAGACCAACAUCUUCAAUUUGGCUCAUGUCGACGGAAUGGAUAACUAUAUGGUCCCAAAUUUAACAUUGCACGUGCAUCAAGACGAAUCACACCUGGGCAUCUCGUCUCCAUCUCCGACUUCCGCCGAGGCCGACUCUAGGUCCGGACCACGGCUCAAAGCCGGCAAGAUGGACCCCCCUUCCCGGCCCCCGACCACAAGAAAGGUGCUCCGCACCCCGAAGUGCGCCCGGUGCCGCAACCACGGCGUGGUGUCCUGCCUGAAGGGUCACAAGCGCUACUGCCGCUGGCGGGACUGCCAGUGCACCAACUGCCAGCUGGUGGUGGAGCGGCAGCGGGUCAUGGCGGCCCAGGUGGCCCUGCGACGGCACCAGGCGACGGCCGAGGACGCGCCGGUCGCGCCCGGUAAAGAGGCUGCCGGCAACGGAGUCGUCGCUCCCACAAGGAAGUCGGUGUGCGGAGCAGGGAAGGGGGUUAACACGUCGGGCGGGAGUCGUAAGAUACAUUCAUCUAGAGGACAGGGACACAGGGCAACAUCCGUCUCCAAAGACAUUUUAGAGGGUUGCCGUAGUAAGGGUAGUCGCACGACCGCACCAAGCACCAGCGUCUCUGCCCGGCCGGUCAUCUUCCUGCCUCCCUCUGUCAGUGAGCGAAUGAGGAAGCGACGCGCCUUCGCCGACAAGGACUUGGAAACGACCAUGCUGCAGAGAGAAUGCCAGUGGAGCCUGAUGUACGCGGCUCAGGCCAGUCUCUCCAGGCUCCCUAGCUCCGUGAACCGCCAAUACCACCCCCAUCAUCGGACUCCGGGCGGCAUCGACGCGGUGCGGGAACCACCGGACCACACUGCCGGGUUUCUCCGGCGCCUCUUCCCUAGCUAUAGCACGACGGCCUUGGACGCCGCGCUAAGAGGCAGCGCGGGCAACCUCCGCCUGGCCAUAGAGAAACUCGUUACGGCCUACGCAGCGACACCGACCUGCGGUCCCACGGCACACCCACUUUUAAGCACAGGGGUGAAUCUUGAGACCACUCCUAGCUUACCAUGGAACCUGUCGCCUCCAGGGAGUAAGAUAUAUGAAGAGGACGAUGGUAGAACUAACAGUGCACACUUCGAAUGGGGAAGUAUCUUGCCAGUUAACAAGCCGAUCCAGAAGUUUUCAAUUAACCGGAUUCGAGGAGAGGGUUCAGUGUCGGCCUUCAGUUCCGUGCGCAGAGCGGAGAACUGGGCCUCCGAUUCUCGAUCCCGGCUUGGCAGUGUCGAGAGCGAAAACGAUUACUCGCAAGAUCUCAGUGCAGAUCUAGCCCCUGCGGGUGAUCGGAAAAGAGACAGGCUUGACGAUUCCAACGCCCAAGAAAUCUGCCGAAACGCCAGCCUCACCAAACGCUUUGCGAAAACUGUGUCAACAAAACGAUUAUCGUUCUCUGUUGACUCCAUCAUGGGUAAAUCAUGAAAAAAAUGGAAAGUCUGAGUGCGACAAUCCUGAAAAUUAAACUAAGUGAUGGACCUAGUCAUGUUGUGAAGCCCUCUCGCUUUAACUGGCAGCAAACCAACGGCAACUUUUGCAUGAACUUUCUUUUUUGUAGUACUGUGGCCUCUGGCCACUUUAUGUUUAUAAAACAAAAUUGAUAGGAGAUGGUAAAUAUCGCACCCCACAGGAUCUAAAGCCUUGCCUUCAGGCUACAAUUUGAUUAAGUUAAUCUCCUAAGAUGAGACUCAGUCUGCAUCCGAAUCUCUUGUCUAGAGCUAGGUCCAUAUCACUCCACUGGAAAUGCGUGGAGACGCGUAGACAAUAGACCUAGCCGUAGCUCUGGAAGCCCGUUUCGGACACGGCCUUAGUCUAGCUCCACAAGCCGUAGUUUUCACAGGAGGUACUGCGUGGCCACACUUUGUAGUGCCUAUUUGGUUCCAUUAAUUAACCAAUAUUCAAAACUGAUUCUGGAAUCGAGGGAAACAAACCCGAGAUGUCAGAAACGGACAAAGAUUUGGCUUAAAAUCCUCAGUGUCGGCGAAGCGGGACUUGGUGCUAUUGUGAAGCACAUGCAAUGAACCAGCCAGGCAUGUUCAAACCAUUUGCCAUGGUUCCAUACUCCAGCCUUGAUUCGGUCAAACCACACUGGAUGGAGUACACUGGACUUCUGACUGUUAGCAUCUUCCUUUUCUAUUGGAAAUAAAAACUGCUUCCAUUAUCACUCCUUGUGUCUUUUGAGGCCAGCGAGCUAGAGAUUUAUCAAGAAGAUGGAAAACGGAAGCAAGUAAUGAUCUGCAACAAGCUCGAUCGAAAUAAUAGAAUAGUUGGAACUGCUUUAUUCAUAAUGUGACUUUAACAGAAUGAAAUCUUGUGUCUUUAGACAAUAACACAGUACUUUGUGUCUUGUUUAUGUCUUGCUGACCAAUUAAAGGUAAUGCAUUUACAUUAGAUUACUAACUUGUCCACGAGUACUUUGAAUUUCAUUUUCCGUAGAGGCGCCAUUGUAAGUCCAUUCUUGGUAUUUGCACUGACCACGAGUCUUUUUUUGGGGCUUGGCACAUAAAGAGGAGGGGGUGCCUCGUUACCAAGGAACGACGUCCCUUUUGGGUGAUAAAUGUGCUC